UCCGCCUCUCCUUCCUCCUCCUUCCGCUCGGCUUUCUGGGUUUGGCCUGCUUCAUUAUCUUGCAAUUUGGUACUUACUUGAGAACUGGCUUGAGAGAGUGACCUGCAUCUGUUGCCAUUGGGGCAACGAAUCGAUUAUUGUUUCUAUACAUUGAGGCCAGUGCGAUCGGCUGGAUCGGCUAAAAGGCGGACAUAAAGCAGCGUUUGAUUGGAUCAACGCCCUUCAAAAAACACUUGGGCAUCCAUUAGCGCCGUAUUCUAGUCCGAUCACACAGACGCACACACACGCACAUAUAUCCUUGCGAGAUCAUGCAGUUGCCUACUUUUUCCAGUAGUGGACGACGCUACUCCCACGGCUCGGCAUUGAUGGGCUCCUCUUUUUCGGGACUAGACGCUCGGCAAACCAUCGAUCCGUCCAUCUCUUCUAUCUCGCUGCGUGCAAAGAGACGAAAGAGCUGUGUUGGUUCCUUAUCAAGUCCUGAUGCCGGUGACGAUGCACCUAAAAAGAGAAAGCAAGUCAAAAAUGCGUGUGUCAACUGUCAAAAGGCGUGCAAAAAAUGCGAAAUUGCACGGCCUUGUCCACGUUGUGUGCGAUACGGGCUUGAAGCAACCUGUCAUGACUCGGUUCGCAAAGAGCGCAAAAAGGGAGUUUCAAGAGGUCCAUACAAGCGAAAAGAUGAAAGAAGUGCGAGUCAAUCGCCCGAACCAGCCGAACUGUCCAACUCGUCAGGCCACCCUACGCACGAGUUGGGCACCGCCAAGCGCGACUAUUCAGAGGAAGAUCACACCUCACCUAGUCCAGUCUCCUCACAAGAACCGAGCGAGGCGUCCACGUCCCGCCCCGCGAGCCCAGUGGUUCACGAGAUAACCACUCAGGAUGACUCGAGUGAGCAAAAGUGGGACAAGCUAGCCAUUUUGUCGGAUCUCUGUACAGCGGUCUUGGAGCACUCUGCUUAUCACGGCGGCGGAUCACUGGCGCAUCUGGCAGACGUUUCGAGCCAGGAGAGUGCAAGGUUGUUAUUAGACGACCCGGCACGAGGGUACGUACAAAAUGGAUAUUCCACCACAUUCGGCGGCAUCAGUCCGUCAGACGAGAUUAUCAAGCAGGAAGAGAUUGAAGACCAGAACCCUGCCCAAGCUGGACCUGUCCAGGCGGGACCUGCAUCCUGGUACGAUGAGAAACCCAUGCAAGCUGGCCCGGCCUUGACUCGCAGCUAUCCUGUGAUGACCACGCCCUCCCGCCCUGCGUAUAGUCCCCCCCAACAUGUAUAUACCCAACUUUCCAUCCACACCACACAACAUCAACAACAAGGCAACAACCACCCUCGUCGGGACUCUGGGUACUCGCACUCCCCCCCUCCUUCCAAGGAGUCUUUUAUUACUCUCCCACCCAUUCGCGAGACUUUCCCAGAGCACAUUAUUAGUGAUCGGAUGAUCAUGGAACCGCGACCUGAUGCGUCUUCUCCCUGUUAUGGAUGGGGCCGAGGUGUCACGAUGGAUGAAUUUACGUCUGUUUCUUUUGGUGUUUUGAGGAGGGUCUGAAUGCUGGGUGGUUUUGACAUAUUUUUUUGUACUUGGUGGAUGGAUGUAUGUCACGACUGUAGGUUUGUGUUUAUCUCGAUAGUUGGGAUCUAUAUCUGUUCCUUGGGUAGGAUUUCUAUUUUUUUUACCAUAGCAAUGAUAUGAAAUUUGUGUGGGAUCUUUUGUCGUCAAUAGCUACAGUGGUGUCCUAGUUCUCCAUCUGAGGCUCAAG